UCUGCGAAUAGUCAGGCCGGCGGUCGCGGUCGCACGCACACGCAUCGGCUGCUCGGUUCUGCCUCAGUUGCGCGAUUGCGUGCUUCUGGAUUUGUUUUAAGUAGUCUGUUCUUCGUCAUGGCUUCGCUAAUAUCUUCUCGAUUUAUCACAAAUUCCGCCUUGAGCCAAGUCUUCAGAUCGGCCCUAAUCGGUGGAGAAGGAAAAUGUUUGUAUCCCAAUAUCCGUGUUAGCCAAUGGUACCUGCCCAACAACUACAAUCAGCACAGAUUCUAUGCAGAGAAACAAGUUUACAAGAGAGACAAGCCUCAUUGCAAUAUAGGCACUAUUGGCCAUGUCGAUCAUGGUAAAACUACUCUUACAGCUGCAAUUACCAAAGUACUGGCUGAAAAAGAACUGGCCCGAGUGAAAAAUUAUGAUGAAAUCGAUAAUGCUCCUGAAGAGCGAGCUAGAGGAAUCACAAUUAAUGUUGCUCAUGUGGAAUAUGAAACAGAAAACCGCCAUUAUGGUCACACGGAUUGCCCCGGACAUGCUGACUACAUCAAGAACAUGAUAACAGGUACCUCAACUAUGGAUGGUGCAAUUCUUGUUGUCGCUGCUACUGAUGGUGUGAUGCCUCAAACGAGGGAACAUUUGCUUUUAGCUAAGCAGAUUGGAAUUAAACAUAUUGUUGUCUUCAUUAAUAAGGUGGAUGUUACUGAUGCUGAAGUCCUUGAGUUGGUUGAAAUGGAAAUUCGAGAUCUUCUCACUGAAAUGGGCUUUGAUGGUGAUGGCUGUUCAAUUGUCAAGGGAUCAGCGUUGGCAGCUAUGGAAGGGAAAACUCCUGAAAUUGGCUCUGAAGCUAUUGUCAAGCUGCUUGAUGAGGUUGAUAGAGUAAUCCCAGUUCCUGAGCGUGACUUGGACAAGCCCUUCAUGAUGUGCAUCGAACAUACAUGUGCCAUUCCUGGUCGAGGCACUGUUGUGACUGGCUGCUUAGAGCGUGGAUCAAUCAAGAAAGGCAUGGACUGUGAAAUUCUCGGUUAUGGAAAGCAAUUAAAAUCUGUCAUUACAGGAAUUGAAAUGUUCUGCAAGACACUGGAAGAAGCACAUGCUGGCGACCAGUUGGGUGCUUUAAUUAGAGGUAUGAAGCGUGACGAUGUGCGAAGAGGCAUGAUGGUGUGCAAGCCUGGUACCCAAAAGCUGUAUGAUGCUGCUGAAGCUCAAAUUUAUAUUCUGACAAAGAAAGAGGGAGGGCGAACAAAGCCUGUCACAUCUCGCUACAAUUCACAGAUGUUCUCCAAAACUUGGGAUAGCAUUUCUCAGGUUCACCUAAUAAACAAGGAGCUGCUUAUGCCAGGAGAAGAUGCACGUGUUAAAAUCUGGCUUCCCAAGGGAAUGGUUAUGGAGAAGGGGCAGCGUUUUACCAUUCGUGAAGGUACCCUCACAGUUGGCACUGGAGUCAUCAGUGAGCUUCUUCCUCCCUUGACUCAUGAAGAGAAAGAAUCCAUUUUGAUGUCCAAGAAAAACAUCGCCAAGCUAGAAUUGAAAAAGCAGCAGGCACUAGAAAAACAGGCGGCGGCAGCAGCAGCAAAGAAGAAGUGAGAUUUUCCAUAGGACAGUGUUCGGAACAUGCAUUUGUGUUUUAAAAUGAUGGAAAUAAAUUACCUUUUCUAAGACCUCUGGUCUGGGGUUCCAUCAAGUAUUCUCAUGAUAUUCAGAGUUGUAAAAUAAGAGACUGAAUAAUCAUGAUGGUAAUCAUCAACUGGCCGCUUUGAAAGUGAAUAGGAUUUGUCAUAUACUAGUCUGCUCCAAAGUGGAAAAUGUUUCCUGUAUACAUGGAUUUGGUACUUUACAGACAGCAUCAUGAUGUCCAGUGAUUUGAUAGUAUGUCCUUGAGUGAUUCAUCUGAAUUAGGCAUUCUUGCUUGCAGCUCAUGCAACUUUGUUACUGUUAUGGCUUCUGUAAGUCUUGUAAAUUGUAGGAAACACUUACUGAGAAUCUUUUGUAAUAAAAGGAAUAAUGAAGCUG